AUGGAGCCACGUUUACCUUCUGGCCGCUGGGCCACGGCGGCCAUGCUUCUGCUGCUGCUGGCGCUCAGUGGCUCGAUCGUCGAAGCUCGCCCGAUGGGCGCCAACAUGACGGGUCGUGCCUUCAUUCCUUUUCGCGUUGGCAGGGUCACACCGCAAGGCUGGCUCUUGAAGCAACUCGAGCUUCAAGCUGAGGGACUGGGCGGCCAUCUGGCCCACUUUUGGGAUGAUGUCAUGAAUUCAGUUUGGAUCGGGGGUGAUGCCGAUGGCGGCCUUCACGAGCGAGUGCCCUACUGGCUUAAUGGCAUGGUGCCACUUGCCUUUCUGCUCAAGAAUGCCAACUCCCCGUUUGCCUACCAUGGUAUCAAGGAUGUCCAUCAACCAGAUGACCAGCUUUGCCAGGCCAACGUCGACAUGCAGAAUCACGAUAUUACCAACUUUCCCGUCCAAAGACCCGAAGACUGCCGCCAGUCUUGCCUGAACAAUACUGCUUGCGUCGCCAUUGUCCUCAACAACUGCACCAACCCCCCAACCUGCUGGCUCAAGUCUGGCAUUGGCCGUGCUGACGAAACGACCUGCCGAUGCUUUGGCGUUGUCAAGCCCUUCACUGCUGAGGAAGGCAUCAUGAAUCAAACGGAGCGCUUUAUCAACCAUAUUCUAAAUGCGCAAGCUGCCAGCGGCUGGCUCGGCCCGGAUGAUAUGCCAACAAGCGGUGACAUGUACUGGGGCAACUUCCCCGUCCUGCUCUCUUUGGCCAUGUACGCUGAAGGCAACCCCACCAUGGAGGAGACCAUUGCAACUGCCAUGCUCAAAUUCUUUCAAGAAGCCAACCGCCGCAUGUCCAACGUUCCCAUGAGCGAUUGGUCUCAAGCCCGCGGCAUGGACUUUGCUUUGGCCGUACAAUGGGUUUUAGAAAACGCUCCUAAUGGUCAGGAAGCCUUUUUGCAAGACUUUCUUGCUACCGUUCAGAACCAGACUUUGGACUGGGAAACCUGGUUUCAAGACUUUACCACCGGGGCCUCGCCACAUGGUGUCAACAACGCUCAAGCGCUCAAAUCAUCUGGAGUCUGGUAUCUGUCCACAGGCGACCCCAGCUUCACCGAAUCCUCAAAGGACCGCAUGCGAAACAUGGAUGAUUUCUAUGGCAUGGCUUCUGGCAUGUUUUGUGCCGAUGAAAUCCUGUGCGAGGCAAACGAACGCAAAAUGCCCUCGCGUGGGACCGAGCUCUGCGCUGUCGUUGAGGCCAUGUUCUCCUACAACACCUUGUUCAGUGUUCACGGUGAUGUGGCUUUUGCUGAUCGUGCCGAGCGUAUUGCCUACAAUGCUCUACCCGCCACCUUUGCAUCGCCCCGUGGUGGUGAUAUGUGGUCCCACCAGUAUCUGCAGGGCCUGAAUGAGAUCAAUGCCCAGGUAUCGGAUGACCAUGUUUGGACGCAUGACGGUGGAGAUGCGCAGCUUUACGGUCUUGCUCCAAACUAUGGUUGCUGCACCGCCAACUUUGGACAAGGUUGGCCGAAGUUUGCCAACAUGUUGCUGUACGAGCGCAACGAUGGCUCGGUCGCGGUUGGCGCCUACGGCCCCGUGGCCGGCACCUCGACCAAUGGCGUUUUUGUCAACAUGACGACCGAAUAUCCCUAUGGCGAUACGGUAUCCAUUGCGGUGCACACAAAUUACUCGACCACCCUGCACCUACGCAUUCCCACUUGGGCCCACACCGCCCAAGUGGAGAUUGACGGCUCUGCCGUCUCCAACAUCACAGCUGGUAUCAUGAACCCGGUGGCCAUUCCGGCCGGCAAGCACACGGUUCUGGUCAACCUCAAGCCCGAAAUUCGCCUCGAGCAUUGGUACUCGGAAGAGACGGUGAGCGUGCAUCGUGGUGCACUCAUGUACAGCCUGCCGAUCCAAGGCAGCUACACAACUCUGGUGGAAUAUGCCUACGAGUCGAACGAUUAUCAAGUCUUGCCCACGAGCGAGUGGCGCUACGCCCUGGACUUGGAUUUUGACAACAUAACGAGCAAUUUUGAGUUCAGCAACCCUGGGCUCGGCAAGGACUUGGUUGCAUUCAACCACACGGCCUGGGGCGCCACCAUUGCCACCAAGGGUCGUGUCGUGCCCAACUGGGAGAUUGCUCACAAUGCGGCAGCGGCGCCUCCUGCCUCGCCCGUUUGCGAUGACGUUCAAUGCCAGCCAACUCAGAGCAUUACAUUGGUGCCAUAUGGCGGAACGGAUUUGCGCAUUUCCGAGUUUCCUUGGGCGUAA